AUGAAGACUUUAAUUGAUCGAAUGUCAAAGGAAAUGAUGAAGAAGGGCGAUAUGGGCAUUGCUCGUGCUGGAUGCCACGACAUGAUUAAACAGGGAGUAGUAAUGACACACGAGGAGGAAGAGGAGUGUGCGUAUAUUUUAAGUAACUUAUGGGAAAUAGGGACAGUAAGCAGAGUUCAAUGCGGAAGGGGAAUGAUUGAUGAAGAUAUUAAGGAUUAUGUACGAUGUGCAGUAAUGAAUAUGUGGUCAUUCUUGUAUCAUUCUGCACACUGCGAAGCAGGCAGAGCCAUAAAGGCUGCAUUUGGUGCAAUAAAGAGCAUGGGAGAAGCAUUGAGCACAGGGAUUAAGUGUACAGAAUGCGAGUAUGGAAUGUUGGAACCUAUGGUUAUAAGUGGAAAGAGGACGUUGAACUAUAUUCGCGGGGCUAUGGAACAGAAUACUGAACUUAUGAAAUUAAUAAAGGGAGGACCAAAACCAAAUAAACCAUGUCCACAACAGCCGAACACUGCUCCAUCAGCAUUGGGUCCUCCGAAUGUAGCAACAACAGGGCAUGAAUAUAAACAAACAGGACCAAUAGUAACGAAGUCAGCCACCAACAAAACAAAACCAUAUGAAUUCCUAACCAAAUUAUUACAUCUAUGGAUCAUGGCAAGAGGCACGUCACAAUUGGACGAAUUUGAGACACUUAUAUGGGAUGACCUGUGGAAAGUGUUCGAUGACAUGAUGAAUAAUGUCCUGGAGGAUGCGAACGAUGAGAAAACAUUGUGUGCCAGGGAAGAUGGAAAUCGUAAACAAAUAUUACAUGGGGACAAUCAAGGUAAGGAGCUGUGCAAAAUGUUAAUUAAAAUAUCCCUCUGGAUAGAUGGAUGGAAUCAGAAGUUCGAUAGGAUUAAUAGAUGGCAUUGGGUACCAAGAGAACGGGAGAAAAAGGCAAAAGAGAGAAGAUUACAGAAUUAUUUAAGAUGUCUAAUAGGUAAAGUUACUAUGUUGGGAAUGUUUAAAACACAUUGUAAGUUGAACAAAGUAACACCAGUAGUUAAGAUUAGUAUGGAAAAUAAAAGGAAGGAAGGAAACGUUAAGAAUAGAAGCGGAAUAUGUGAUGAAAUAGAUAAUGCAAGUAUAGGAGUAGGGGGAAAACUAAUAUGGGAAGAAUUAGAGAAUUGGAUAAAUGGUUAUACAAGACAGGCGAAUGAGGGAAAAGGUUUCCGGGAAGUAGUAGCAGGACAGAGUCCACUUCACACAAUAAAGGGAGAGGGGAAGAAUGGUUGUCCAACAGGGAAGGAGAAAGAAGGAAAUAGGGAGGAAACCCUAAGUGACUUAGGAAUAGUAGUCAUCCCAGGGGAGGAAAAAGAAAACAAAGAAGAAGAUAAUGUAAAUUGGAAAAAGAGUGCUAUAGGGGACAUGUUGAAAAAACUUAAACAGAAAGAAGAUGAAAGAAGAAGAGCAAGCGGAUGUUCUCCCUCCAACACCAAUGGAUUCGAGGAAGGAGAAGAAGAUAGUAUUAUGGAAUGGUUCACAAAGUUCUUUAAUAAUCCAGCAGAGGAUGACGAACAGUAUGAGCCUGGGAAAUAUGAUUGGAGUAAGUAUGAUAAAUAUAGUGCUAUAUGUGAGGAAGGUGCGGAUGAUCCAAGAUUUGACGCCAAAAAAUAUGGGUACUUCUGUAAAAUAAUGUUAAAGAAUUUAAUGAUGGUAACAAACCAAGGUAAUCAGAAUAAGCCGGAGAACAGUAAUACCAAGUGUAAGAGGAAGUUUAUUCCUAUUUGUGAUUUACUGAAAAUAUGGAUGACAUACAUGGGUGAAUCUUGUGUCCCCAGGAGUGUUAUGCAAUAUGUCUUUGAAGCUGUGGAAAACUUGGAAAAGGAAUGGAAAGGGGAGAAGAAUUAUGAGAAGUGUGAGUACGGUAAUAUUUCUAACCUAUAUAGGGGUAAUACGGAUAUAGGGCAUGAAGUGUCUAAAUUAUUGCGCAAUAGUACUGUGGGUAGUAAAUUAGGUGAAUUAAAUAGAAGGAAUUGGUGUGAUGAAAGUAGAAGGAGGUAUUGGACGCACCCAGACAUGUACAAUAAAGUUUCACGGAGUGAUGAGGGAACAGAUGGUGGAAGAAGUCAGAUUGAGGGAGUAAUGAAAGAAUUAAAGAGUCUUGUUAAAGGAGUGGAUGAAGGAAUAGAGGAGGAAGAGAAGGAGUUAGGGGAUAUUAUGGGAACUGUUACGGAAGUAGUGAAUGAAGUCAUGCAACAACAGCAGCAACAACAACUACCCCCACCCUCCACCUCAGCAGCCGGACAAGUUGUGGAAUGUACAGAUAAGACGGACUUGUGUGUACGUGCAGACUGUGUAGCAGAAAGGUGGAGAGCAAACAGGGAAGUAAAUAAUGUAACAUUCCCUGACUGGCUAGGAACAUUUUGGAAUAAUGACGUCAACAGUAGACUGAAGAAACUAUCUGAUGCUAUGACCACGGAUGACAAGAACAACGAAGAAGAGUGCGAGAGCAUUACCGUGUCAGGUAAUGCAUCGCUAGAAGCAAACAAAAAGGCAUGUAAUUACAUUGUUAAAGGUUUAAAGCAUAUUUACAACAUUCAGAAGGACCCAGUUAAAAUUACACAGGGGAAGAACCUUCAGGUGGAAGAAAGGAAAGCUUCGGACAAUCAACUAUUCUGGAGAACUAUGGAAUGCGUUUUAUUGAACGCAUAUGCCGACAAAUUAGAACAACAGUCCCCUUGUACCCCAAAGGCAGGUGUGACACACGCCUUCACUGCCGGAAAACAACUUUGGAAUGAUAUAUGCAAUAAUAAGGGUGAUACUAAUUGUGUUCAGUGCACAAGGGAACCUAACUUUAAAAAUUGUGAAAUUAACGAUAGUAAGAAAAGUAAAAAGGAUAAGGUAGAAGGCAGGGUGAAUAAGCUCCUCAAUGGGACGAACGGUACCCAACUACAGACAACUCUAGCUGCUAUAAAUUCUCUAAAUAAUAAUACCUUAUGUCAACGUGUCCAAUGUGUUACAGUUAAAUGGUUCGAGGACAGAAUAUAUUCAGAAACGAGCAAACAAAAUUGGUGUACAUUUUGGGGAGCGAACGACGUUGGAAAGGUAUUGAGGGAAAUGUCUAAGGCUAUGACCAAAGAGGAUGGAACGGACGACCACCUAUGUAAGAACUUCACCAGAACAAAUGGUGAAGCAAUACCAACAGAACCAGACAAAAAAGCAUGUCAAUACAUUACUAAAGGUUUAAGGUAUAUAUACAACAUUCAGGAAAAUCCUAAGGAUGACUACAAAAAUCAGAAGAAAAAUAAUCGAAUAUUUUAUCAAACUGUGGGCUGCCUCUUCCUGAAUGCGUAUGCAGAUAGAAUAAUAACAACUUGUCCAGACGUGGACGAAGACAAAAUAGUAUCAAUGUUUAAAAGUGGAAAUAAUAACAAGGACACUUGGUGUAAGGAUAAGGUUAAUGGUAAUGAUUGUGUACAGUGUGAAAGGGACACGAACUAUAAAAGUUGCACACUGAGCGUGAAGGAAGCACUGUUGAAUAAGAAACCAGGUAAAGAAUGCGAACAUCACAAAGAUAAUAUAAAAAAGAAGUUGGAUGAUAUGCUGAACCCAAAUGAGAACGGGGAUCAAGUAGUAAAGCCAGCUCUGACUGAAAUAAAUAACAUAUGCGAAACAGUAGCUGCCAAACCAGCCGGUACCACGAAACCUGCCACUACGAAACCAGGUAAAGAUCAAAAGCCCGAGGCGGUAGAAAAUGUACAGACAGUGAUCCUCAUUCUUCAGAUUCACAUCCCUCUGGUACAAGUACUACAACAAAUGCUCAACAACCUGAGCCAUCUCAUUCUCCAGGUUCGGGUUCACAACCCACAGCACCUGAUGCCCCCGCCGCUGUUCCAGGAACUGCAAAUGAAGUACACAAGACAGCCUCCCCUGCUCCUACUCCUGCUCUUAAUCCUGGUGGUCCACCUGAUGGUGAUAGUACGCAACAAGAUACUGAACCAAAGGCCGUUACUGAACCAGAUGUUGUACCCCAGAAACCAGAAUUACCUUCUGUACCAGGAAGGCAAGGUCCAGUUGUACAUGCACCAACAAAAAAAGUAA